GUUGCCGAACAUAUGUCUGCUGUUGAACGACGAUUAUCUAUGUUGAGUUCGAAACUUUCAAUUUUUUUGAGACGCUUCAGCGUAACAGCGUCGAAAACAGCUAAUCUUAAUAUAGGAGGUAUUUAUCCACCUAUUGCAACGCCAUUUGAUCCUUCAGAGAAUAUUGACUAUGGAAAAUUAAAUGAAAAUCUUAAAGUAUGGGAGGCGAUUCCUUUCAGGGGCUAUGUUGUCCAAGGUUCAAAUGCCGAAACGGCCUAUCUUAAAUUGGAUGAAAAAGUAAAUAUCGUUAAACACGUAAGAGAAAAUGUUCCGUCUGAGAAAUUAGUUAUAGCUGGUUCAGGGUGUGAAUCUACUAAGGAGACAGUAGAGUCAUGUCAGCGAAUGUCUGAAGUUGGUGCUGAUGCUGUCUUAGUCAGAAAUCCUUGUUUCUAUAAAGGAUCCAUGACUGAUAAAGCUUUAAUUCAACACUAUAGGACUGUUGCAGAUAAUUGCGAUAUUCCAGUUAUAUUAUACAGCGUCCCCGCAAACACAGGUUUAGAAUUGCCGGAAAAUGUGAUAGUUGAACUCAGCAGUCAUCAAAACAUUAUAGGUCUAAAAGAUAGUGGAGGAGAUAUUACUAAACUUGCUGGGUUAGCUUUUAGAACAUCUAAGAAUAACUUUCAAUUAUUGGCCGGUUCAGCUAGUUUUCUCCUGCCCUCAUACGUUGUUGGUUGCGUAGGUGGUGUUUGCGCAUUAGCAAAUAUUCUAGGUCAAGCUUGUUGCGAUCUUGAAAAACUUUUUAAAGAAGGUAAAUUCGAAGAAGCUAAACUUCUUCAACAAAGGCUUGUCGCCCCUAAUCAAGCUAUUACGAAGAGAUUUGGCAUAGCUGGUCUGAAGAGUGGUAUGGAUAUGUUCGGUCUAUAUGGCGGCCCAACACGCACCCCAAUUCUUCCGUUAGAAAAUUCCCAGAUUGAAUUACUAAGAGAGGCGUUUAAGAAUAGUAAUUUCAUUUAG